UUUAAAAACCGAGUCAGUGUAAACAUUACAGAUUUCUCAAAAUUUUAAAUCACAAGAAAUCGUAGUCAGAAAUGGAAAUCAAUGAUAUUCGUGGUGUAAAAAAAAACCAGUUACCUCCAUUGAAAAAUACAGUUGACUUUUAUAAAAAAUCUAAAACUUUAACAAAAGAUUUAGCACACAGCCCUGAAUCCAAUUUUUUGCAUGAAAACAUUUUACCAAUGACAGAUAAAAAUUUUGUUGAAAAAAGUAGUGUCAUUAAAGAUUUUUACAAAGAGUUGAAACCAAUGAACAACAAAGUAGAUAAUCAAAAUAAAAAUGUGAUGAAAAAUUCAAAAGAUUUAUUUAAUAUUGGGAUUACAAAUUCUGCUUAUAAAAAAUGUGAGUCCUCUAAUGAUAACGAUGAAACACCAAUAGACUCUGAACUUGUAUCACCAAAUCGAGAAUCAGCUGAAUUUGAAUUUCUGUUUUUAAAUUCAAAGGAAGAUAAAAACACUUUAAAUAAAAAAAAUAGCGACACAAUAUACAGUAAAGUUAAGGCUCACAAAAAAAAGAAUAAGCAUAGAAAAAUAUGCGACUUUAUACUUGUGCAUAAUGUGUUGGAUGAUAAUAUAGAAAAUAACUUGCAGCGAAAAUUAUUUGUAAAUCAAAUGAAAACUGAUGGUUUAGAAAUUACAGAAAAGGUUAUAGGUGAAUUGGUUUUCACUGAAAUACAUGCAUCAUUCGAUAGAUUGUGUAAAGAGGCAGAGUUAGUUUCUUUACAUAUGCCUUUAGAAGGGGUAAAAGAAGAACAUAAUUUACAUUCUGGUAUACUAGAUUGUUGCUUAUUUUAUCUUAAAACAGAGUUUGUGGUUGAUAUGAUAAGUGCUGCAUUUAACAACUCAAAUAGGAAUAUAUUUUAUGGUAUCAAAAAUAAAAAGACAUUUUUUAGAACUGCUUACAGAUCGAUGUUGGUACAAAGUAUAAUAAAUAGGUAUACUUUUUGUGCAGACAAAAGUGAAGAGUCUGUUGAAAUAAAAGGUUUAAAUGGAUUGAUACAUCAUGGAGUGUACAAUGAUGCCUUUAUUCUUCAUGAAAGAUCAGAGUAUGAUAGUAAGUUUCCUCCUCCUAUCCGAAAAAAUCUCCUUGAUGAUAUAUCUAAUAAAGAUUCACGCAAAGAAUUGAAUGACACAUGGCUUAAGUUUUACAAGUUUCAACCACUCUGGAAGAUAAGGGACUACUAUGGUGAAAAAAUUGCAUUUUACUUUGCUUGGUUGGGUGUUUUAAUAACUUCACUUUGGAUUCCUGCUUUACUUGGGAUUGCAGUGUUUUUGUAUGGCAUAAUAACUUUGUGUUUGAAAAGUAAAGAAAAUUUAAGUUUGACAUAUUUUCAAGUAUUGUUACCUCAAGCCUUAGAUAAUGGAGCAACACCAUAUUUUGCUUUAAUUAUAUGCUUGUGGGGAACUAUUUUUCUUGAGUUUUGGAAACAAAAAAAUGCUGAGUUAGCAUACAAAUGGGAUGUAGAUACAUAUGAAGAAGAAGAAGUGAAUAGACCACAGUUUCGUGGGACAAAAGUUGCACGUGAUCCAUUUACUGGUAAGCUAGAAUCAUAUUACCCUAAAUGGAAAAGGGUUUUAAAGUCAAUGGGUUCUUUAGCUGUUAUAAGUUUUAUGAUUUUGUUAGUUGUGGCAAGCAUAAUUGCAAUAGUUGUUUAUAAAGUUGCUUCAAAAAAAUGGUUUUCAAAAGUAGGUUCAGGAAUGUCAUCAUUUACAUCAUCAGUUUUAAAUACCAUUUCAAUUUUACUUUUGGGAACCUUGUAUAAAAAUAUUGCAUACAAACUUACAGAUUGGGAAAACCAUCAAACAUCGAGUGAAUAUGAAGAUUCACUUAUACUUAAGUUGUUUGGUUUUCAAUUCAUUAAUUCUUAUGCUUCACUCUACUAUAUUGCAUUUUUUCGAGAGAUGACACAAAGUAAUGGCGUCUUCAACAUGGGGUCAGAUUAUUCUGAUGGUUGUGGUGAAAAUGGUAAUUGUAUGUCUCCAUUAUCAAUGCAAGUUGCUGUUCUUCUUAUAGCAAAGCCAAUGCCCAAAUUUUUUUCAGAUAUUAUUAAACCUAUUUUGUUGAAAAAGUGGAAUAAAUUGAAACCAUACUGUUUUCAUUCUCGAACCAAUCAAGUGUUAUCUGAAACAAAUCUUUCAGGAGAUAAUACAGAUAAAACAGAAAAUGAUAUUUUUAUUGAAGAUGAAUACAAUAAGCCUCAGCUAGAUGAAUUUCCACUGUCAGAGUAUACUGAAAAAGUUUUACAGUAUGGGUACCUUAUGUUGUUUGCAUCAGCUUUACCAUUGGCUCCUUUAAUUGCUAUGGUAACUACUCUUAUUGAUCUUCGCGUAGAUGCACGAAGACUAUUAUGGUUUAACCGAAGACCUGUUCCCGAAAGGGCUGAGGAUAUUGGAAUGUGGUUCACAAUACUUUCAUUUUUAAAUUUUGUUGGUAUCAUAACGAAUGCUUUAAUUGUUGGACUUAUUUCAAAUUAUAGUACAAAAUAUAAAGCAUAUAAACAUUUAAUUCCUUUAAAUUCAACUUUAUUAGUUGAUUUUAAUUCAACAGCAAGUCAUAAUGAAACCAUGAGUUCAACAGUAAAUGUUUCUUUUACUGUAAGAAGUUUUCAGAAUUUGUGGAUUGUCAUAGUUUUUGAAAAUGUUGCCUUGGUUAUACAAAUUUUAGCUGCUUAUUUUAUCUCUGAUGAACCUGAUAGUAUUAAGCGAGCAAAAAAAGCAGAAUUAAAACAUAUGGAAAGUAUUCUAAGUCAUAAUGGUUUGAAAUCUGGACCUGGUAAAAGUAUUCGAGUUAAUUAGAGUAUAAACACUCAAUUCAACGUAUUAAAUAAUCGGCCCUUUGGAAUUAUCUAUCAUAGCAUAUCAAAAAAGCAUUAUACUUUAUCAAAUUCUUUUUCAACUCAAGUGUGUUUAAGUUUUUUAUAGCCUAAUAAUGUGUUUUGCUUACACCUGUUUGUUAGCAAAUGUCUGUUAA